AUGUCGGCUUGGGAUCAGACAGUUGUAAUCGGACGCAAGGCACGACCUGGUGGUAGCUCGGCUAGUGGGCCUCGUGGACCUACGGCUCUCGAGCGUGCCAAGCAAGUUGGUGCUGUGAAUGCAUUCGAUCGUAAAACUGCGGCCGGACACAACAAGGCUCAUCAAGGUACGGACCACCAGCGCAUCGCCAAAUUGGAUCGCGAAGAUGAUGUGGCUCCUCCCCCUAAGAUUCCUCCCUCCGUUGGUAAGAUUAUUGGCCAGGCCCGCCAAGCAAAGGGUAUGAACCAAAAAGAUCUUGCAGUAAGGAUCAACGAAAAGCCUUCUGUGAUUCAGGAGUAUGAGGGUGGCAAGGCUAUCCCCAGCCCUCAGAUUUUGGCAAAGAUGGAGCGCAUCCUUGGAGUGAAGCUGCGCGGUACGUGA